UUAAUCUUCGGUCUGCAAACUGUCGGCCAUCGUCAACUGUGAGCUUGAAAGUAUCUGUUACCAAUCAUACAGAUAAAUUAUACCUUACCGCUUAUAUUUGAAAAUACAUUUUUAUUAUAAGAUAUGAAGUAGCAAUGUUUCACAGUAGAAUGAUUUCGGUAAAUGCGAUUGAACCCAAAAGAAAUAAAAAGGUCAGGUCUGCGAAUUUUUCAGAGAGAGAAAUAAAAUUAUUGUGCGAAUUGGUGGUGAAACGUCCAGAAAUUAUAGAAUCCAAAAAUACCGAUGCUACUACUUGGCGAAGAAAAGAACAGGAAUGGCAAGCAAUUUCGGUUGAAUUCAAUAAUUCCACAAUUGAUGGUUUCAGAACAACAAAGGGGCUACGUACAAAAUAUGAAGCUAUAAAAAAAGAAAUCCGUAGGAAAUUACUCAGACGAAAGAUGGAAAUGUCUGAAAAGGAUAAUGUCACUUAUGAAGAUGUAGAAUAUAAUGAUAAUGAGAAAAAAAUAUUGUGGUUGAUGUCAAGCUCUAGAGAAUCUCUAGAGAAUGAUAAAAACAGUGAAGCAAUUAUAGUUAUGGACCCUCAUACAGAAUUUAUAAAUUGCCAGAAUCUGAACAACAUGAAGAUAGAAAUUAUCAAACUGAAUGAAAAUGAUGACACAAUAACUGAGGAAGAUAUAGGAGCUAAGAACGAACGUAGUGUAAGCCCCAACAUUUUAUUGAAUGCUUCGAAUAUAAAUAUCCUUCCAAAAAGCUCUUCGAUAAAUAGACAAUUGAACAGAAAAAGGGAGGGUCCCAAGAUUGGGCCUUUGGAGACUGUUUCAGAACCCUUUCCUUUCAAACUGACCAAAGUAAAUUCUUCAUCAGAUUCAAUAUCGGAAGAAGAGUACAGAAAUAAAGAACGAGAACUAAAAUUGAAGAAAUUGGAAGCUGAGGUCCAAAGUACAAUGUUGGAUAUUGAAAUCAAGAAACUGGAAAAAGAAAUCAAAGUAGCAACUUUGAGGAAGAUUUUAUGUGAUAAUUGAAAUAAUAUAAACAUAUUUUAUGAUUAAUAUAAUUUAUUUUUUAA